AUGGUAGCAAUGGACUCUAGUAGCGAUGGCCUCGACCCUACUAGCGAUGGCCUCCAACCUAAUGCAAUGGGCGUCCCCUCCAGAGAAUCUGGUCGACCCAUUCCCGUCUCCAUCCGCUUCAGUGAUUUCCCCCCACACGCUGCAACGUGGCCAGCGCCCGAACGACCUCCGCUGUUGGAGCGGUGUCGCUGUUGCGGCCAGCCACGGCCACGUCCAACACGGCGCUGCCCGGUGCACCACAAACAUGGCAGCUUCGUUGCGUCCGAGGAGCUCCAGCAACUUGACCAAGCACCCUACUGGGUCUAA